AUGCCCAUUGUCCCGUGGCCCUUCCUCCCCGGCUUUCUCUACCGCCAGCUCCUCGUCACCCCCCCAAAGCCGAGCGCCCGGUUCGACGACAAGACUGUCAUCGUGACCGGCGCCAACGUCGGCCUCGGCCUGGAGGCCGCCCGCCACUUUGGCCGUCUCGGCGCCGCCCGCGUGAUCCUCGGCGUGCGCGACCUGGACAAGGGCGACGCCGCCAAGGCGUCGAUUGACGACACCUUGGGCCGCGACCCCUCCCCCAUCCACGUGUGGCACCUCGACCUGGCCAGCUACGACAGCGUGCGGGCCUUUGCCGCGCGGGCAGACAAGCAGCUCGACCGGCUGGACGUUCUGUGCGAGAAUGCCGGCAUCGCCACCCAGACAUUUCGCUUCGCCGAGCGGGACGAGUCCACCAUGACGGUCAACGUGACCAGCCCGUUCCUCCUCGCCCUGCUGCUGCUUCCCAAGAUGAAGGCCACGGCGGGGCGGUGCAACACGCACGCGACGAUUACCUUUACGUCGAGCGAACACAACUUUGUCGAGCUGGCGGAGCGGCACGAGCCGGACGUGCUGGACGCGCUGUCGGAUCGGUCGCGGGCGGACAUGGCGACGCGGUACUUUGUGAGCAAGCUGGUCGGGCUGCUGUGCGUGCGCGAGAUGGCGCAGCGGGCGGGCUCGGCCGGCCCCGUCGUCAUUAACUGCCUGAACCCGGGGUUCUGCCACUCGCAGCUGGGCCGGGAGGCCGGGUGGUACCUGUACGUGAUGGCGCUGCUGCUGGCGCGGCCGGCCGAGGUGGGCGGCCGGAUGAUUGUGGGGGCGGCGGCGGGCGGGCCGGGCACGCACGGCAAGUACAUAAGCGACGGGGCGGUGGCGGAGCCGAGCGCGUUUGUGAGGAGCGAGGAGGGCGGGCGGGUGCAGCGGAGGGUGUGGGACGAGCUGGUGGCCCGGCUGGAGGGCGUUGUGCCGGGGGUUGCGGCGAAUCUGUAG